GUCAAUGUCAUUGUCAAUACAAGUAAUUAAAAAUACUGAAUACUUCCGUUUGUGCUUUGUGGUAAAAAAUUUAAAAUUGUGUAUAUUUUAUUGUAUAUUGGUUUAAAAUUAUUAAUUUUAGAUAGAAGCAAAGUUUAGAAAUGAAAUUACAGUGUGUAAUUGAAGUUGUUAAUAGAAAUCACAGUGCUUUGAAUAUUAAACCUAACGCUAAAUAUUUAAGAUCUACACUAGCCCUGGGCAAAGAACCGAAGAAAGAAGAGGAAUACUUUAUACUGCACUUCUCCUCUGUUAACAAAACUGGCACCAAAUACAAAGUGAAAUGUAUAAAACAAGUGUUUGUGAAAUGUCUAAAUGAAGGUAAAGUAACAUUGAGAUUUGAAGAACCACCUCACGAUUUGUGUAUUAAAAGCGAAGUUAUUCAAUUAAAAAGUUUUAUGAGAUUACUUAAAUCUUGUAUUACUGGUGAUACAAAGGACUUGAAACUAUCUAAUCUAUCAUCAAUUGGUGUAACAAGCAAAGAUAUUGCACCAACCAAAUUAACGAUCAAUAAUCGAUCAGAGUUUCCCGCCAAAGGACUCCCACGUACUCUGAAGUCUCUGUAUAUCAAUGGGCUGAAGCUUUGCAAUUUUCGUCGCGACAUUUUACUGCUGAACCAACUUACUGUCUUGGAUCUGAGUAAUAAUGAAAUUGAAAAGAUACCUCCUGAAUUUAGUAGAUUACCAAGCUUAUGUGAAUUGCAUUUAUCUAAUAAUUCUUUAGGCUUAAAUAAAAAUCCUAAUUGGCAGUGGCUUCUUGGACUACAGGUAUCAAAUAAACUAAAGCUUUUAGAUCUGAGUGGAAACAAAUUAAAGGAUUUACCAAAAAGUAUAUGGAAAUUGCAAAGCUUGGUCACAUUGAAAUUAAAUAACAAUAAUCUGGAUUAUUUACCAAGUUCUUUGGGUCGUAUCAGUACUUUAAGGUAUCUAUCAAUUACCGAAAAUAACGAUUUGCAGUCUUUACCAUAUACUUUGAAGCACUGUGGAUUAGAGCACUUAGAUAUUUCAUCAAGUAAAUGUACAUGUGAUGAAACCGAUCUUAAACAUAUCAAUACAAAAUGGAAGUCAUAUGAUAGCUUAGUUCAUAUUGCAGCAAAAAUAGUUUUAAAGUACAAAUUGUUCUAUGCACCUAACAUAAUACCUAAAACCUUGGUUGAUCUUUUGGAUAAUUGUGAUAUGUGUGUUUGCGGCAAGCCAGUACUAAAUGAUAAAAAUAAUAUUAUUAAGAAAAUGGAAUAUAACAACACUUUCAGUAGACGCAUAACUUUUAAUUUAUUGCAUUAUUUAUUAAGCAUACAAUGUUUUUUUUGUUCUCCAAAGUGUCUUACGUCUAUUAUAUCUUCGAGAAUUCGUUUGUAACACUCCCAAUGGCAUGAGCGGCGGCAGGAGACUGGUGUAGAUGACAGAAAAAAGUUAACCGCUACACAUAACAUAAUACGCUCCGAAUGAGUCUUAAGAUAUCUCUGAAUAUCUUAUAUAACAAAUAGAUAUACGGGUAUAUUGUUUGUGUAUAUACGAGUAUAUUAAGUAGGUAUAGUAUAUGUAUAUUGAGUAGAUAUAUAUGUAAGUAUAUUGAGUAGGUAUAUAUGUAUACAGUAGAGAUGCGCCGACUAUGACUUUUGGCUAGUUGGCCAAAAGGGUUUAUUCCCCAUGGUCCCGGCGAGACAUAUAAUACCUAUUACCGAAUUAAAGAUUUAUUGUGAUCAAUGUUAUAGUCGAUAUUUUUUUUCAAUAAAUCCUGCAUCCUGCCCCGAGCGCACGAUUUCACAUCCCCGCAGGUAUACGUCCCCCAUCGCCCACAUACCAUGGGAGUGUCAUCAACCAACUUGCCAAGCUAUAAGGAUUAAUUAAUAAUUAUUCAAAUAAUAAAAAUUGUAUCUGCUU